AACGCCACCACAACAUGGUGGAUCGCUGUUGAAAAAGACGCUGGACCUGAGUGAGAGCGGCAAAGAAACGUUGGUGAGUCCACACACUGCUACUUUGGGACAAAAGACAAGAAGAAACAAAUUUUUUUUCCCCCGUUGUCUUUAAAAACAAGAAGAUCAUCUAAAAGAUGAUCUAAUAGUGAAGUGGGUGAAUUUUAAAAUGAAGGAACUGACUGACUCUUUAUCUGGAAGACAGAAAACUUCAUCUGAGAGAAAAAGACAAGCUAAAAUGGGGCUGUGCAGUAAACAUCCAGAGGUUCCUCAUUUAUUCUGUGAAGACGAGCAGAGAGCUGUGUGUCCUGUCUGUGAGUUUUCUCUCCACCAGAGUCACAAAGUGGUUCCUAUGGAACAAGCGGUCGGUGGGCUGAAGAGGCAGCUGAAAUCUGACUUAAAGUCUCUGCAGGACAAGAAGGAGAAUUACAAACAAAUGGAGAAAACAUACGAUGAAAUGACCGGAUACAUCACAAAGCAGGUGUCGUCUACAGAGAAACAGAUCAGAGCAGAGUUCAACAAGCUCCACCAGUUCCUGAAAGAGGAAGAGGAGUCCAGACUGGCAGCUUUGUGGGAGGAAGAGGAGCAAAAGAAGAAGACGAUAAAAAAGAAAAUAAAGAAGAUUGAGGAGCAGAUCUCCUCUCUGUCAGACAAUAUCUCUGCUGGUAAAGAAGAGCUGCAGAAAGACAACCUGUCAUUCCUCGGGGGUUACGAAGCUGCACAGAGCAGAGUCAGAGGUCAGAGGUCACUGCCAGAUCCACAGCUGGCCUCAGGAGCUCUGAUAGAUGUGGCCAAACACCUGGGCAACCUGUCCUUCAGAAUCUGGGAGAAGAUGAAGGACGAGGUCCACUUCAGUCCCAUCAUUCUGGACCCAAACACUGCCAGUCGAUGGCUCUCUCUGUCUGAUGAUCUGACCAGUGUGAGACGCUGCGAAACAAAGGAGAAACUUCCUGACAAUCCAGAGAGAAACAUUAACUACACCAAUGUUUUCGGUUCUGAGGCCUUCGGCUCAGGGAAUCACAGCUGGGAAGUGGAAGUUGGAGAUCAUCCUCGCUGGAAUAUCGGUUUGGUCAAAGAGUCUGUGGACAGGAAGGGAGAGACAGACGCUUUGCCCAAAUAUGGAAUCUGGUGUUUGGUGCAUGGUGACGGAAAAUACACGGAUGGUGAAGCUAAUGUCGUCACAAUGAAGAGGAGUCUCAGGAAAAUCAAAGUCCAGCUGAACUAUGACAGAGGGGAAGUGUCCUUCUAUGACUCUGAAGACAUGAGUCACAUCCACACCCACAGAGACACUUUCACUGAGAGACUCUUGCCUUAUUUCUGUGUUGGAAAAACAGGAGAAGUGGAAUCUACAAGUAUCAAAGUCUGUAAAACAUAGAUUAAUUUUUAAGCAUCACAGAAACAGAGUGUAAUGUUUGAAAAGAAAUGUUAUUUUCUGAGAAGAAAACAACACACUUUGACAUCAGUUGCAAUGUCGAAUAUCAUAACAUACACGUUCAGACUUCGAUGUGUCAAUUUUACAUAGAAAAUGUGCAAAAAGAAAAUCUAAAACCACUUUUAGUUUACGCAGGGGAUCCACACAUUUAUGUUUAUGUUGUAUGUGAACAUCCCAAUAUGGAGACAUUUACAUUCAUAAGAUGGCAGCUGACACCCUGCCAACAUGAAGUUUGUAAAAUAAUCAAUAAAGGAUUUAUUUUGUAGCUUUUUAUUUUUGAUGCCUAGAGGACGUUGGACCUUUUUAGUUUGUGGCUUCAAUAUUGCAGAACAAUUUGCUAUUUGCUAGACAUGCCUUUUCUCUUGCUGUUUCUAGGUCUAUUUUUUUUUUAAAAAAAACAUUCUUAUUUUCAGUGACUUUUUAUACAAUAUGAGUUGUUUCUGUUUUUAUUUU